GCGGUCCGUGCGCCCUUGAAAGAGAUUGGGCGCUUGGGUGGCAGCAUCUUUUGCCUCGCGGCAUGGUACCCACAGGAGCGUGAGCGCUUGCCAUCCAGUGCCAGCUAUCAUGAGAUGAUCAAGAAUUUGUUCGGAACACCUCCAGAGGAAGGUGCUUCGAGUUCGACUUCUGAGGCAAAGGAAGUUAAGGAAAAGGAUGCGCAUCUGAAGGGCAAGCCCCUUCUGGAAGCCGCUCGGCAAUCCUUUCGCCUCACCGCACACGUCUCGCGACAACUUCUGAUCGUCAUCUCCAAGCAGCUGCACUCCCGCGCACGCACACGGGAAGUGACGCCAACCAUCUCGGGCCUUGCGAAGGAGUUGGCGGAAGUGGCCAAGGUUUGCCUUUCGGGUGAGCGCCCCAAAGACGCAGCAGGGAAUCCUAGGGAUGGGAUGUGCUGA